UUCGAGUCGACUAAUCGCUGAAAGCAAUCUUGGAAUGCAGCGCCCUGUUAGUUCAAAACGAAAUAAGCGUACAAAAUUAAACAAUUUGGGUGAAAGUCAGAAAAAGAGUUGGUGUGAAAGUAUAUUAAGCAUGGAUGAAGAAUGACUACCCGUUAUUCUUACAGAUUCUAUAAUGACUAGUGAAAUUCUUUACCCACCUGAUUGCCUACCUGUAAGUGCUGAACAGCCUUUGAAAGAACUGAUCACUGGGCUUAAAAAUUUACUGUUGAAUCUGCAGAGUCUUGAACAGGAGGGCACUGAUCUAGAAGAUAACUGUGAUGAAUUUAUCCCAUUGUUUCGCCAUUUAUCAAGUCAUGACUUCCUCUCUCACGUAGACCCACUUGUAAAGAUGACAGUGGCUUGCUGUCUCGGACAACUGCUUCGGUUUUUGCCUUACAGAUCAUUUCUAUGGAAUGAUAAAGAGUUAAUGGUGCUUCUAAACUUUUUCGUGAAGCAACUGGAAUAUUUUGGCACUUCAGAUGGUAAUACUUUUAAAUACUGUGUCAGCCUCUUGAAAAUCCUCAAUAAAACUGAGAUACUUAGUAAACUGUUCAUGUGUCUGGAGUAUACCACGAACAAGGAACAUAUUUAUGAUACAUUUCUGUUGACAGUAUGUGAGGUUGUCUGUACUAAGAUAAAUAUUUCCAUGGUGGAAGUGCAUGUUGUGCAGCUCCUGCAGAAUUUUAUCAGUAAUUCUAAGUACACUUCCAAUACAGGAAUUGAUAUAAUCCUCUCUAGCAUUCUUCAAGAAAAUGUAGUAAAGUAUCCAGGGUUGUAUCGUGUAGCAGUAAAAGUUAUAAGAAAAUGCAGUAGAGCACUGGAUUUUCCUGUCAAAAUGCUGCUGUUUCGAGGGCUUCAGCAGGAUGGCAUACCUAUGAAAACAAGAAUUUCAGGCCGUGAAUUUGAAGUGAUGUUUGAGCUGCAUCACAUUUGUCCCACUCUCCUUGUUGGUGUCUGGAAUCAGCUGGAGGACUUCAUGUUGGGGUAUACAGAGAGCUCGAACAAGAAGAUUGCUCUCACACUCCUGGCAAACAUGUUUUCUGAAGAGAACUCCAAUUUUGCUAUUACAUACAGACGCCUCUGGAACGAUUUUAAGAAUUGUGUGAAUGAGCCAUCAUCAUUUGGACGGUCAUUAUUAGUUGCACGUGCACCAAAGUUCCUGGUCAAUCAACCUGAUUUGUGUGAAGAUAUAAUCCACAUCCUUCAGCAACGAAUGUAUGACAGUGAAACCACAAUUAGGUUUGGUGUAGUGAAAGCAAUAAAUAAAGCUACAAAGACAAACCUUGAUAUACUUCAGCAUUCAGCUCUUCUUGAUAUUUUGAAGCAUAGUUCCUGUGAUAAUAAUGAAAUUGUGCGGAAAGAAGCACUGACUACUUUGGGACAAAUAUACAGGAGAAUCGUUGACAGCAACUCUCCUGGCUUGAUGAUGAAGGCCAUAUGGAUUGCAAACACAUUGAUGCAUCUGUACAGGGCUCCAUAUGAUCUGAAUAUUUAUAUACCUGACAUUGAGAAGGUGAUUGUGAAGUGCCUGGUACCCUGUGAUCUUCCUGUAGACUGGAGGAUGAAGAAAUUGCUUCAGUUGUGGUGCCUACUUGAUGAUGAAUCUCGUAACAAUUUCCAUCAUAAACAAGUGUUAAAGAAAAGAGCUUAUGAAUGUACACAUCAGCUCCUCUCUCUGUACCAAGGGCCCCCUAGUGAUGAACUUUCAUCUAAACAAUUAGAGUGGCAUAGAGAAAUGGUAGCAGGGAAGCUCUCUCUGACUAUGGGAAAUCAGAAGGAAGCACAUCACAGACUUCUGUUGCUUACAAAGGAACUGGCAGCAAACAGAAAAUUGUUGAGCUUCUUGCAAGAAUAUGCAAAUGAAAAUAACUUUUGUGAGGACUAUGAACGACUGUGGACAGAAAAUCAGGAUAUAGUUUCAUAUACAAGUGAGAGGAAGAAGAGGUCACUGACUUCAAAACGAAGAGUUCUAAAAAAGGAAUCUAUUGUCCUGAGUGUGAAAAGUUUGUGUGCCAAACUUGCCUCUUUCUUGGUUGAUGAAGUGGCCAUGAAGGAGUUGCUAACUCUGGUGAUGGACUGUGUCACCCGUAGUGACGUAGCCAAGGACCUACACAUUGCUGAAAGCACAGCUGCAAAGCUAGGAAUUGAACUUCUUUGUGAAUAUUUUUAUCUGAUGCCAUGUUUGGCGUUUAAAAAUGAAUCUACGAUGGAUCAGCUGCUGUUGCUCCUCACAGUAGAUGAUUGCCAUUACAGUCUUCCUGCUCUGAAGAUAUUUGUCACUCUGUCUUCGUAUAAACCACUGGGUGAGGUAUUUCCUGAAUUUGUGUCUGAUCACCUUGUCCCACUGUGGUUCCAGUUUGCCACAUCUAGCACUCCGACACAAGCCAAAUUGGCAACCUGUUGCUUGUGUAGCCAUGCUUCAGAGCCUGUCAUCUCACAUAUCCUAACAGAACUUAUGAAAAACCUGGACUUAGUCGAUGAACAUUAUUUGACAAAAGAAGUUGCUGUAGGGCACUUUGCCACUCACUUGCCCAACUAUACAGACACAAGAUGCAUUGCUUAUGUUACAGAGAUGUGUCACAAGUUUGUUCAGAAGUCAAUAUUUCAAGAUUUGGAAGAUGAAAGUAGUAAUGAUGUUCAGUGGUAUGAAAAGGAUUGUCUUCCAUAUGAAACAAAGUGUAAGGUUCAGGCACUGAAAGCACUGACUCGACUGACUGUCAGAUUGCGUGAGCAAACAACCACAGAGAAGACCUUGUCCAUUCUUAGCAAGAUUGUUGAAAAUGGUGGUGCCUACAGCAACAUCAACAACCUUAGUACUGCUACCAAGGCAUGGCUACGGCUGACGGCAGGAUGUGCCUUUCUCAAGAUAUGUGAUGUUCCAUAUCUUUAUGCAAAGCAAGUUCAGAAGACAUAUUUUUUCAAGAUGGCAGUUCUUAUGAAGGAUGAAUCAGAAUCUGUUCAGCGUCUGUUUGUGAAAAAGCUGUGUGAGAGACUGAUGCAGUGGGAACAGCAGAGAUAUGGUCUUCCCAGCAUGUUCAUAUCAUAUUUUGUGCUGGCUGGCACUGAGCAGGAUGAGGAAGUCAAGUCAUUUAUAUCAGAUGCACUGAACCUGUGUGUGCAGGACAAGCGGCAGCAAGUGUGGAGUAUCAUGUGUGUUACAAGAUUGUUCAAGAAUAUGUCCCAUUUGUUGACCUGCUGUCAGCAAGCCCUGCCUGAAUUUUGUGUCCAAGCAGCACUGCAAAUAGUAGCAAGAUUUGUGUUAGAUUUCACCGAUGAUACUUCAGUCCAGCGGGCUUAUGUAUGUUUAUUUUUCCUCUUGAAUUCAUUGCUGAGCAGCAAGAAUGGUAAUUUUGGAUUACUGGCCACAGACUUCUACAUUAAAUUAUUUGAGCUCAUGAGAUCCUGCAGGAACACAGUUAACCCAGAGGAUGAAGAGCUUAAUAAGAAAAUAUGGGCCAUGUGCGAAGUUGGUGAAUAUCUUCUGUCUACAGUGAAUUCAGUAGUGAAUAAUGAUGCUGAAGUACCAGUACCAGUUCUUGAUGAAACCUUCCAUAAAAUGGAUCCCAGUAUUGACAACACAGCUGUCAAGUAUCUGACAGUCAAUAUGGAGAAUCUUCUGAACGAGACAGUGGCUUCACAAUUGGGUGGUGAAUUUGAAGAAGGAGAACUGGAGGAAGAGGGUGAGGAAUGUAGCUCUGAUGAUGAAGAGGUGGCUGUAUUUUAUCCAAAUAAAGGACAGUAUGAGAUACAGAAGCAGACUAGAAGCAGGACAGAAUCACCACAGGCUACUUCAAAUGCUGAAGAAUCUCCGAGAACCAGAAUGCGAUUACAAAUUUCCAGGAUUCAGAGAUCUGCAAGAAAGAGAAGAAGGAAAAGCAGUUCUUUGAGGAAGAAUCAAGAGGCUGAAUGAGUCCACUGAUGGCUUAGUGUGACGAGAAGUGCAUAUUUUUAAGGAACUCUGACCUUCAAACCAUUACCAGCUUGGAGGGCGACAUCUACCUUACAGUACACCGUUCACACAUUCAGUAGUUAAAUUUGUAAUUCCCUUUUACUUUUAAUUGUUGAAUAAUUAUGAUAACUUUACAUUAGCUACCAGGGGAAGGUCUUUUUCUUUUCAUGUAGUAUGUAUCAGUUUUCAUGAUUUAUAAAUUUUCAGUUUGGCUGCUUCUUGUAUACCACUUAGUAUAAAGCUACUUUGCAUUAAAUGCAUGGAAAUAUAGCAGACAUUUUUAACUUACGUGUCAAAAUAGGUAUUUCAUCUUAAACACAUGAUGGGUUUUCUUAUAACUGUGAAAUCAUUUAGAAAACCAGUAAUUAUUGUGAGAGACCAUAUCCAGAAUUGUUCUGGGGCUUGUACAGCCCUUUCUUCAGAGGUAAAGGCAAUUGUAGCAUAAUGCUGGAUACUGAUCUUUGUAUUAUUCUAAGGUUGUUUUAUGUUUUCCCCCCUGGUUCCUUUAUGUCUUCAUGCUGUGGUGUUUAGACAUAAGGUUGUCUUUGUUCUCACUUUUAUCUUUACAAAAAAGAAAUACCAUUAAUUAUUUUUUGUCAUGUUUGGAAUUGUUAUGUUUAUAUGUCCAGUUUCAGAGUUACAAUCUUACCCAUGUGUUCUUAGCUUUAAAUGAAGCUAAUGUCUGAUUUUGUAUGUUUGCUACUGAAAUAAGUACCACAUGUGAUAUAAUUUUGCAGUAAAGCAUUAUAUUUACCUCA